GUUUCCCUAACGACUGGACAGGUUCUCCCUGCAAUGGCUACCAAGCCCAAAUCUAAAGAAGAGGAGCAUGAUGACGAUCAACCCCAGAUUCUACCAAUAUUACAGGAAUUAAAUGAUGAGCAGGUGGCUAGUGACACAAGGGAAUAUGAUAAAAAUACAGAACCAUCCAUGCAAGUAAAUGAAGAAGUUAAAGCUGAAAGAAGGCGUCUAAGUUUCCAAGCAAUGAAUGAGAGCAGUGAAAGUGACCUCACACCAUCACCCUCAAAAACGGUCCAAAGGAGGAGACUAAAGGUGACACAUGUUUCAUCCAGCAGUGAGGAUAUCAAAACAGAAAGCCCUGAUUCCUCUGAUGAUGAUGAAGAGUUCAUCCGCAAGCAGAUAAUGGGAAUGGUUGAUGAAGAGGAAAUGUCUCUUUCAGACGAUGAGAAAGGAAAUUAUUUGGCAAAUGAGGGAGUGGACAAGGAAUCAGAGCUUGAUAACACUACAGUGACAACCAAACCACUGCUGAGAGAAGACAGCAUAGACAAUGAGGAGAACUCGGCAAGGAAAAUAUCUCUCCCAAAAACUGACACAUCAACUGCUCAAGUUGUUCCUGAAACACUGCCCAGCACUACUUUCAGGAAAGCCAUUCCUGUCAUGAAACAGAGACAAAGCACUGAUGAAGAAGUAGAGAGCAUCACAGAAUCUCUGUCAAAGGGAUCAUCUAGUGUUCAGGUAUCUAGCUUCACUCCUGGAUCUUCACCUACAUCAGCCUCAUCACUUGAAGAGGACAGUGAUAGCAGCCCCAGUCACAGGAAAGUCAGUGGGGACAAACGGCAUCGAAAAGACCUCAAGAUUACUCAGUGUUCAUCUGGGGAGGAAGAGGAUGACAGUCUUGCAGAAGAUUAUGGUGUCGGCAUUUCCUCUGACAUUACCCCCAGUGAUGACUCUGACACUAAAGAAGAUCCAUCAAUGAGUCCAACUUUAUUCAACUCCACUGUCUACGCCAACCCCUCCGACUGCAUUUGUCACACAAUCACCUGCAGAGUUCUCGCCACCAUCGCCUGCCACAAUUGGAGCAGUACCGUCUAG